AUGUGGGUAAAUAUCUAUCUAUCUAUCUAUCUCAUUUUUUUGAUUAUCUGUCUAUCUCUCCAUAUCUGUAUGUAUCUUUCUAUCUAUCUAUCUCAGUUUUUUUUAUUAUCUAUCUAUCUAUCUAUCUAUCUAUAUCUAUCAAUCUAUCUAUUUCUAUCUCAGUCUGUUCAUUGGUAUCUAUCUAUCUAUCUAUCUAUCUAUCUAUCUAUCUAUCUAUCUAUCUCAGUAUGUUUUUAUCUAUCUAUCUAUCUAUCUAUCUAUCUAUCUAUCUAUCAGUUUUUCAUUAUCUAUUUAUCUCUCUAUAUCUGUAUCUAUCUAUCUAUCACAGUUUUUGGAUUAUCUAUCAGUUUUUUUUAUUAUCUAUCUAUCUAUCUAUCUAUCUAUCUAUCUAUCUAUCUAUCUAUCAGUUUUUUUUAUUAUCUAUCUAUCUAUCUCUCUAUCUAUCUAUCUAUCUAUCUAUCUAUCUAUCUAUCUAUCUAUCAGUUUUCUGAUUAUCUAUCUCUCUAUAUCAGCAUCUAUCUCUCUAUAUCUGUAUCUAUCUAUAUCUGUAUCUAUCUCAGUAUCAAUGAAAAAAUAACUCUCUCUCUCUCUCUCUCUUCUCUCUCUCUCUUUCUUCUCUCUUAA